CUUGCUAACUUGAUGUUGAUAAUCUCGAAUUGUUAAAAAGGGGCUUCAUGUUGAUUUACUAACUGGAAUUUUGGCUGCGCAACCACUCCUUGCCGGAUAUCUACAUCUAUUGAAGAGAUGCUUAUAAAAUCACCAUAAGAGCUUGUUUACAAGUUUUGCUCGUUAGUAGAAUACUACUCAUACACUGAUUAAAAGAGCGGUCUAUGAGAGAUUUCCAUCUAGCGAUACCAAAUUUGGAAAGUGGAAAUACUGCGACCGGUCAGAGUUUUUAUGAAUCGUGGGGCAUUCAGAAAAAAAGAAAAAAAAAGGAGCCCAACCUAAUAUAUAAACGUGACUUACACGAGACUCUCGUGAAGUAUAUGAAAACCGGAUUACAAAACGAGUAAAAACCUAAGUAUUCGGACGGUAAAUGAUAAACCGGAAUCUGAUUUCGCGAUGCCCGUCGAUUUCGAGAAGCAGAGCUACUGGCACGAACGCUUCAAGUCGGAGACGUCCUUCGAGUGGCUGGCAUCGUCGGAGACUUUCAUGACUAUCAUAGCGCCUCACCUUUCCAGACUCCCCAGCCGCGAGAGUCAACCCAGGAUCCUCCAGCUCGGCUCCGGCACGAGCGACUUGCAGAACCACUUCCGCGCGAGCGGCUACCUGGACGUGACGAACGUCGACUACGAACCGCUGGCCAUCGAGCGCGGGCGCCAGCUAGAGGAGGCCGCCUUCGGCGAGGUGAGGUUAAAGUAUGUCGUCGCCGACGCGACGCAGCUCGGCAACGACCUGCCGCCGGGCCAAAGGUUCGACGUGGUCAUCGACAAGAGCACCGUCGACGCCGUCUCCUGCGGCGGGACGACGACACUCCUACGCAUGGCCUCCGGAAUUAGGAAAUACCUUGCCGAUGGGGGGAUUUGGAUUUCUCUGAGCUAUUCGUCGAGCCGUUUCGACGUCGAAGACUUGCCGUUCGACGUCGAGGUUAUAGCCAAGAUCUUGACUCCCAAAUUGAAGGAGAGCGAGCCGGAUAUUUAUCACCACUGCUAUCUUCUUCGACCUAAAUGAGUAGGGGGAUGAUCUGAGCCUGUCCUGCUUAUUCUGAACGUAUCCGCUGCUAUUAUCUAGGACUGUGACACGUAUCGUAGCAGCAAUAGGGGGAAUGAAUCAAAUAUGAAUGUUACAUAAUGCCGGGAUUGUGCGGGGAAU